UGGCGGCUGCACGGAGAGGUCAGCUCGCGGCACAAGGUACCAUGACUGUGGCUGACAUCCUAGACCAUGGGCUGCGGGGCACUUUGCCCUAAAGUGUCCGAGCUUCAGGAGGAGGGCAUGAACGCCAUCAACCUGCCCCUCAGCCCCAUCCCCUUCGAGCUGGACCCGGAGGACACCAUGCUGGAGGAGAACGAAGUGCGAACAAUGGUGGAUCCAAACUCGCGCAGCGACCCCAAACUCCAAGAACUGAUGAAGGUAUUAAUUGACUGGAUUAAUGACGUGCUGGUUGGAGAAAGAAUCAUUGUGAAAGACCUGGCUGAGGAUUUAUAUGACGGACAAGUCCUGCAGAAGCUGUUUGAGAAACUGGAGAGUGAGAAGCUGAAUGUAGCCGAGGUCACCCAGUCAGAGAUUGCGCAGAAGCAAAAGCUGCAGACUGUCCUGGAGAAGAUCAAUGAAACCCUGAAACUUCCUCCCAGAAGCAUCAAGUGGAAUGUAGACUCUGUUCAUGCCAAGAGCCUGGUAGCCAUCCUGCACCUGCUGGUUGCUCUGUCCCAGUAUUUCAGGGCCCCAAUCCGACUGCCAGACCAUGUUUCCAUCCAAGUGGUUGUGGUCCAGAAACGAGAAGGAAUCCUCCAGUCUCGGCAAAUCCAAGAGGAAAUAACUGGUAACACAGAGGCUCUCUCCGGAAGGCAUGAACGUGAUGCCUUCGACACCUUGUUCGACCAUGCACCCGAUAAGCUCAACGUGGUGAAAAAGACUCUCAUCACUUUUGUGAACAAGCACCUGAAUAAACUGAACCUGGAGGUCACAGAACUGGAAACCCAGUUUGCAGAUGGGGUGUACCUGGUGCUACUCAUGGGGCUCCUGGAGGGCUACUUUGUGCCCCUGCACAGCUUCUUCCUGACCCCGGACAGCUUUGAACAGAAGGUCUUAAACGUCUCCUUUGCCUUUGAGCUCAUGCAAGAUGGAGGUUUGGAAAAGCCAAAACCGGCCCCACAGGACAUCGUCAACUGUGACCUGAAAUCCACGCUGCGAGUGUUGUACAACCUCUUCACCAAGUACCGGAACGUGGACUGAGGGGCAGACCGCACCGUCCUCCGAACCACCUUAACCUGCUUAUUCCUGCCUUCCCUCUGUGCCAUCCCACAAAGUCCAGCCACAACCCAGAAAUCAUGGGACCUGAAUUAGGAAGGAAACGAUCAGAAACUCCGGGCUGACCCACACCUCCCUCUGUCACUUGGGAACCACCUUAGGUCCAGGAGACACACACACACACACACACCCCAGAAGAUGAAAAUAGAGAUAAUAGUUACCAUUUAAUGGGUGUAAACUAUGUUCCAAACAUCACACUAAGUGCUCUGAUGUACUCAAACUCAUUAGUUCUCGUGACUUCCGCUGAAGCCGGUGUUAUACACCCCUUUCCCAGAUGAGGAAAAGGCUCAGAGAGCUAAAGAGACUUUCCAGGACUUGGCAUUUAUUUUUCCUCUUUGAACAAUAUAUGUAUUUGUUAAUAACUAGCCAAUUACAUCAGCGUUCUCUGCCUGUCCUAUAGUUGUAUGUGUAUGUGUGCACGCACACCCACAGAGAAGACAGGCGCCCACUGACCUCCCCACCAAGCAGGCCAGGAGGGCUUAGUGAUUCACACUCAAAUUGGCAAAUUUAAUCCAAUUAAUAGUGUAUGUGUGGCAGGAAUCAUGUCCCUCAGCUCCUUUGUACAAAUGAAAAUUACUCUUAAUUCCUUCAGAUUUGUAAUAACCCCAUGCUCUGGUUUCAGGGUGACAUUUGGGAAGGAUUCUGUUUAAAAUUAAUGGAGUGGCACAUUUCACAACCUUUUUGCUUGAUUGCAUGUAAUGGAAGUGCCCCAUAUUUUACUGCAAAAUAAGUACUCAAUUCAUUAUCAUCAGGCAAAUGUAUAAUGUACGCCAGCACCACCGAGAGCUGGGCAUAGACCCACGUGAGCAUGACUUGGGAAGUAGGGCUCUUCACCAGGGACCCUUGAACUUUAAAGAAAGGAACUCCUCUUUGCCUUCUAAUUGAUCAUUUAGACCAUUCCUGGCUAAGUCUGCCCACAUGCAAUUACCGGCUAAUUCAGGCAAGGAAAAAUGUAAGCCAUUCAGACCCAAGCCGAGCCGUUUCCUUGCGUGGGCUACUGGCGGGCUUAUGGGGACUUGCAUCCCCGCUCUGUGAACCCAGCUUGGAAACACAAGGCUCUAGUUGUCCCAGGCUGCCGGGGCCCGUGCGAAUAGAAAGAGGCUAAAGCUGGGGUGACUAGGAGGACAGGAGCAUGCCGGGGAGGGGGGCGGGGGAAUAUUUGAACACUUAACAAUAAGGAAAUACCCUCAGACCAGGAACAGGGCUUGUGGGGUUUACAGUCUUCGUAAACUGGCCAAGGCCUUGGGAUAAUUAGUAACUCUUACUGGUCUAUCUUCAUUAUAGAAUCUUCCCAAAUAUGCCAGAUGGGCCCAGCCUGUGUGCCCGCCUCCGGAAGUCUGUGCCCAUUGCACCAAGCCCCCUUCUAGUCUGAGGAAUUCAUUUUGAUCCCCGUCUACGCCACCCAGAGUUGGGCCUCCCAUAUUGUCCAAAGCAUUUCCUUCCAGCUCCUAAACAUUUCCUCCUCUGCGGUCCAUCUGCAGUGGCUCAGAACCCAUACAAUUUACAGAUAAUACAUAUUCCUUUGGAUAUUGUGCUCUAAGAAAGCAUUGUUAAUCAGCAUAAUGAGCACUUACGGUGCAAAGACAAUGUACUCUUGUGUCAAUUGAUGUGGAAGGAUACAAUUAUUUUUUACGUAAGUAGUGAAAUGUUAUGUUUUUCGUUAGGAAAUACUAAAUAGUGUAAUAUUUGUUUGUUCUCUUUUAAAUUCCUGAUAGCAAAUCAAUGUAAGUCGUUGCUUUGUCUCCUUGAGCAGUACUAAAGCGGGUGAAAUAAGAGCAGUGAAUACAUUUAAACCUGCUUUGCUAUCCGAA